CGGGGACAGGAAUAGUUACAGAAAGUGUUUCCUGUACAUGUCGGGCUGUGACAGACAGCUGUUAGAAGGCAAUGCGCAUUGGCUUGCCCACAGCAGAGACACUGCAGGGUGGAUCCUUAAAAGCUUUGAUUUUGACAGUGCUCCUGAGUGUGUUUAUGUUCCAGCUGCUGAGGACUGUUGGACUGAGGGCUUUCUCAAUGGCAUCUGAGACCUACACAUCAGGCACACAUUCUGCCGCCUUCGUCACCUGUCCUAAUGACACAGUUGCUAGAGACUUGGCCAGGGGUAUUGUGGAAAAGAAGCUAGCAGCUUGUGUCAACAUUGUCCCAGCAAUCAAAUCUAUAUAUGAAUGGCAGGGGAAGAUCGAGGAGGACAAUGAGGUGCUUCUGAUGAUCAAAACAAGAAGUUCCAAGGUACCUGCUCUGGCUGAAUAUGUCCGCUCUAACCAUCCCUAUGAGGUGGCUGAGGUCAUCAGCCUGCCUAUUGACCAGGGUAACCCGCCUUACCUCAAGUGGAUUGGAGACAUUGUACCUGAGUAAAGGUGGAGUGGAAGAAUUAUUGGAAUGCUGGAUGAAUGUAAAAAAUGAAAGUUCAUUGUCUCACACACCCAGAUCUGAAAAUCAUCCAAAUUUGUGAUUAUUUUUACAAACUGCAAAAAAUGUUGUGAUUUAAAACGAAUUAAAAAAAACACACGUUCUAAAAUAUUUGCAAUACUUCUUUCUCUUUGCAACGAGUUGAGGCUUGUAAAUAACUGCCUUCCCUUCAGUAUGUGGACCUCUAGAGGGCAGCGUUGUCCUGUCCUUUUUCCAAGCUAACCAGCGCAGCAUUAACCCGUUCAGCUUUGUGAGCCCUCAAAUGUUUAAUGUGAACACACAUCUGUUACAUGUCUUAUGUCUUUAAUGAAACUUGCAUUUUGAAAUAAAGCUGACUGGUUUUCAUUG